AUGGUAGGUGUUCUGAAAGCACAUGGUUUCAGAAUCACAACUAAGGUCAAAGAAAAUAUUAUGAAGCCACAAGCCAUGUGCGAACUCAACAGGGCAGACAAAACCAUUCCGCGUAAAGAGCGGCAUGCACGAAUUGGUGCUUCUCCUCUACCCUUCAUCGUAGCCAUGGACGCAAUGACGGAAGGUCAAGCGACAGCCUUAAUGAAUGCUCCUGUAUGCAGAUGA